AUGAAGAUUCUUCUAUUCUUGGGGCUCUUCCUCCUCAUGGUACUGGCAAUGCCCGGGGCUGAGGGCAAAGUGUUCGAGAGAUGCGAGCUGGCUAGAGUUCUGCAGUGGCAUGGCUUCAACGGGUUUGUAGGGCGCAAAGUGGCGGAUUGGGUCUGCCUGGUGAAACAUGAGAGCAACUACAAAACUGACGCCAUACAUGACAAUGGAAGCAACCGUGACUACGGCAUCUUCCAGAUCAACAGCAAGUACUGGUGCGAAGAUGGCAAGACUCCUGAGUCGAAGAACGGCUGCCAAAUUCCCUGUAGCAAACUUCUGGAUGAUGAUAUUGAAGAUGAUAUCUGCUGUGCCAGGAAGAUAGCUCUGGAUGCCAACGGCCUGACUCGCUGGCCGGGCUGGGUCAAGUAUUGCCAAGGGGAUGUCGACUCCUAUGUAAAGGGUUGCAAGCUCAGAGAUCUUGAAAACAUCGGGGGCUGA